ACAGGAAGGAUUAAGAUUUUUUUAAUAGAAGUCAUUUACAAAUCUGUUUAACUUUCUGGCGCCAGUUGAUUUAAAAAAAAAAAAGUUUUUCACCGGAGUACCCCUUUAAGAGUCGUCUAUCGUACCCGGGAGACAUGAACCCUGAACUGAAGGAUCUGAUACAACAACUGUUAAAGAGAGAUCCCAAUAGAAGGCUGAAUGAAAACAACAUCCGCCAUCAUGAAUUGUUCCGGGAUAUAAAAUGGACAGAAGUAGAAGCCUGUCGUCUCCAUCCACCAAACCAUCCAUGCCAGAUUUCAUUAGAAGAGAAAGCCACCUGUAAUAAAACCUUACCACCAGAAGAGACAAACCAGCCGGGGAUAUCUUAUACUGACCAAAUAUUCUUUACAGGAUUCUCCUAUACAAGUCCCACAUGGAGAACCCCAUCAAAGGGACAGUAGCGGCUACCAAGCCAUUCCAGCCCGAGUCCAGCUCUUUAUUUAUUUUUCACGCUAAACAAACAGCAUAAAAUAGACUAAUGAUUAGGAAUGAGGGAACUUUCAGGAAAUGUUUGAUUCUGAUCAAACUAGUUUGACGCUAACCGGCAAUGUAAUUGUGGUGUCCCAGCACCAAAGGCUGUCGUGUGGGCUUUGGACUUCCUCGGGCGGACCUGCGGCACAGGCGUUGGGCCCCUAGAGGGCUGGUAAUUAUUGUUAUGUUUAAACACUUUAUUAGAUGUUUAAUAUAUUUUCACAUUUACUGUGUUAUAUUAUAUGUGUUAUACCUUUAAAAGUGAGAUGCAGUGCAAGCCCAUGUGACCCUGACUGCCAAUGGGAACCCCUAAAUUCUUAGCUAUAUAGACUAGUGGGGGGAGGAGUUUCCCCAGUUCAGAGCUAGUCACUGGUCUAAGCAGAGCACAAGUGUAGUAAAGGAGUGAGUUGUAUGUGUAGAAGCUCGGAGGGAAGUCCAGAACAAAUCUCAUUUCAAGUCUUAUCCAGUCAUAUUUCAAGGAUCACCCACAUGGAAGAAAUUCAAGCCCUGACAGAAAGCUACAGGGCCUUGUCAGAACUUAUAUCAAGUUCAGUCUUAUAUCAAGUCAGUAUUAAUCUAUUGAGUGAAAAGCACCAUAAGUCCCAGCAAGGCAACAGGGCUCCCAAGGGGUUACACUGCAUUCUCUCCACUCUGCACCAUACUGUUGCUGUGUAAUACCAUCUGCACCCUGCUCAGUAAAAGGCAUU